CUCCUCCUCCUCCUCCUCCUGCCUCAGGGGCUCACAGAGCCGACGCUGUGAGGCCACUCGGCCCCGACCCCGCGGAUUCAGCCCGGGGCUGGCAGGGGCUGCAGCGCUGGGGGGUCAGCGGCCGGUGCCCAGGAGGAGGGGAGGAGGUCGGGGCAGGGUGGUGGGGGCCAUCCCGGGGCCAUGCCGCUGCAGACGGAGAUCCUGCGCGAGGUCUGGGCUGCUGACAGCACCAGCGAGCAGCCGGAGACCGCCCCGCAGCACAAGCCCAAGCAGAAGCUGAAGAAGAAGCGGCAAGAGCCUGUGCUGGAGCCUGAGGCCAAGCCCCGGCGGCUGCGGGUGAAGAAGCUGGGUGAGGCGGGGGCUGCGGAGGAGCCCCGUGUCCCAGCACAGGGGGUGAAGAAGCUGAAGAAGAAGAAGGAGGAGAAGGGGGAGGAGGAGGGCGACAAGGACCCUUACUCUAAAUUUAUCAGGGAGCCUCAGAAGAAGAAGGAGAGCCUGGCCCCCCGCUCCCACGUGGCCAAGGGCCCCAAGAAGCAGCAAGAGCUGGCUGAGGACUCGGAGGAUGAAGAGGAGGAAGAAGAGGUGGAGAAUAAAGACCCACCCAAAAAGCUCAAGAAGAAGUUGCCCAAAGACCCCCCCUCGGGUGAGAGCCGGGAGAAGAAGCUGAAGCCGAAGGGAGACAAGGGCGACCCUGACAGCAAAGCCAAAUCUGCCAAAAGCACCAAGAAGGAGUCGAUGUCCAUGUUCCAGGUAAACGGGGAGAAGAAGGAGAAGAAAAGCAAGAAGAAAGCCGCCACUGGCAGCGAUGAAGAGGAUGAUUCUGAUUCUAGCACCAAACCCAUCAGGUCAGAGAAGAAGAAAAACCCCGUGUCCCUCUUCCAGACUGGCGGGGACCCCCCCAAGGAGAAGAAAACCAAAAAGAAAGCUCCUCCCAAAGCAGCAGGCAGCGAGGAGGAGACCCCGGAGACCCCGCAGAAAAACUCCAACAAGAAGGGGAAAGGAAAGAAAUCAAAAAAGUCGAAGGAGGAGCGGGCCCCGUCACCUGUCAUCGAGGUGGACAACCUGGAGGAGUUCGUGCUGCGGCCGGCGCCUCAGGGGGUGACCGUCAAGUGCCGGGUGACACGGGACAAGAAGGGGAUGGACCGAGGGCUUUACCCCACCUAUUACGUCCACUUGGAUAACGACAAGAAGGUGUUCCUCCUCGCUGGGAGGAAGCGUAAGAAGAGCAAAACCUCCAACUACCUCAUCUCCAUCGAUCCCACCGACCUGUCACGGGGGGGAGAGAACUUCAUCGGGAAGCUGAGGUCCAACCUGAUGGGCACGAAGUUCACGGUGUUCGACAACGGCGCGAACCCCGACAGGGCCAACGCCGACUGGUCCAACGUGCGGCAGGAGCUCUCGGCCGUGGUCUACGAGACCAAUGUUUUAGGGUUCAAAGGCCCCCGGAAGAUGACGGUCAUCAUCCCUGGGAUGAACGCUGACAACGAGAGGGUGCCCAUCCGGCCCCGAAAUGAUAAUGACGGCCUCCUGAUGCGAUGGCAGAACAAAAACAUGGACAACGUGAUCGAGCUGCACAACAAGACGCCAGUGUGGAACGACGAGACCCAGUCCUACGUCCUCAACUUCCAUGGCCGCGUCACCCACGCCUCCGUCAAAAACUUCCAGAUCGUGCACAGCAGCGACCCCGACUACAUCGUGAUGCAGUUCGGGCGCGUGGCAGACGACGCCUUCACCAUGGACUACAACUACCCGCUCUGCGCCGUGCAGGCCUUCGCCAUCGCCCUCUCCAGCUUCGACGGGAAGCUGGCCUGCGAGUAGCGCCCGCGCCGGGGCUGCCGGGGCCCGGUGGGUGUCCCUGCAUCCCCCUCCUGCUCCGCUCCCUCCGUUUCCACCUUCUGCCCGGCGAGCAUUCGCGGUUGCAGCCGCUGCUGGGGUGGCUUGAGGUGCACGGUGCCUGCAGAGCGCAGGUGGCCGUGGCCACCCUCUCCUGGCAAAUUUGGGACAGAUUGCUGGUCUGGGGCAGAUGGCAGGGUCAGGCUGGGGUAUAUUUAGCAGAUGAGGCUGACUGCGAUCCCAAUCUCAUCCCUUUGAGACGUUUCUUGGACUCGGAUCCUGGAAACUCAUCCCCCCUUUUUUUUUUUUUUUUUUUUUUUUUUUUUUCAGAUUCUGGUUUCGAUUUUGUAGUUCAAUCUCUCAGUGAGAAGGGGCUUGGUGGUCUCCUCGUUUCUCCCCCUGUGAGUGUGCACAGAGUACACACACACACACAACCAGGCUUUGCCCAACUCCUGGCAAGGGACCCCCUGCCCGGCUCGAUGCCCACCGGGCACCAAACCCCUGUUUUUCCCCAUUUUGCCCUCGUGCGAGCAGCCGUGCAGUGCCCACCGUAUCUUUGCGUGCCCCAGGCUCUGCACCCAUGGGGUCUAACCCUCCUGUCUGGAAGAGCCUUUGGGGAUUUAGGUCCCUGAGGAGCCGCCUGGCACCCAGAGCACCGGCGGCGCACGGGCACGUGCUGCAGGAAGCCGGUGCUGGCGGAGGAGGGCCGGUAGCCACGUGAGGCAGAGCCGGCAUCGCCGGCACGGGGCUGGGCUGGUGCCACCAGGAGGGACCUGGAAGGGAAAACUCUGGGUGCACCAGGAAGCACCGGGGUGACUCACCAGGUGUGGUGCGGUGCUGAGUCACCCUCAGCACCCGGAUGGGCCCCGCCGAGCCCCCCGCGUCCCCUCCGCUCACCGCUCCGGUGCUCUGCGGCAUCCCUCCGGACCCCCCCCCCCCCACCACCCUGGGGCUGGUGUUGCCACGGAGCCCUGCACGCCCCAGGUGUCCCUGCUGCAGGGACCGGCCCCACUGGUGCUCCGUGCUCGUGGGGAGGUGGCAGAUGAGAGGUGCCGCCCCAUGGCACAGACCCGUGGGGGGUCAUUGGGAAAGGGAGAUGCUGGAGAGGGGCAGCUCGGGGGGAGCAGGGCAGCCCAUGCCCCCAUUUCCAGCACAAACCCACCUUUGUGCGGUGAGGAUUUGGCUGCACGGACAAUCCCAAAUCUGAUUAAUUCAGUGGUGAGAAAUGUCGGGACAUGCCAACGUGCCCCACACCACCGUCCUUGCUUCUCUAUCCUGUUCAGCUCACACACUGACCCCAAGGCGGGGGCUGAUCCAAUUUGGGGUCCCUUCCUGGGACACAUACAAAUCUUUCCCCCAUUCUGGGGGUGAUCUGAGCCCCCCAAGUUAACACUGUGAGAGGUAGAUGGGGCGGAAAGGUCAAGGAGCAGGAAACAGAGGAGACAGACGUCGUUGUGCAAGAGGGAUGCUCGUCCUCGCUGGUCAGUGUUGCAACACCACGGUGGCCCAAACCCGUCCCUGCGUGGGGCUGGGGACAGGGGACAGUGACAGUGGGACCACGAGCCGCAGUGGGACUGCUGGCGAGCAUCUGCACCAGUGGCUUUGCAGACAGAGCUGAGAUUUUCCCACCAGCUGCACGAAUCCGGGCUCCGUGAUUCAUCAGCAGACAGUCAUGGCGGGGGCAGAGGGAGGCGGACAGCUCAGGGCCGACGUGGGACAUCGUGAAACCUUCUUGUGAGCUAAAGGGAGAACCAGCCACGGCGGUUCGGGGCAAGCGUCCCUUGGCUAGGUAUGGCCAGCAAAUGUGGGGAAAGCAAGAGCUUGCUUCCCCAAUCCAGCCACGAACCCAACAUCUGUUUGAAAUCGAGAAAAUCUCAGCUAACAGUUAAGCUAACACUUGUCCUCCUUUCCUCCCACGGAAGCAGAAAAGCCGAAGCAGGGUGAGAAAGAGGGGUUUGGGCUCCCCAAGCUCUCAGUGGAGCACGAGUUGCCAUUAUUCCAGUUUCUCCCCAGGAAGUUUCUCCCUCCCCUCACCCAAAGAGUCUCCAUGUUGCCCAUUGUUGCUUGCAAACCCCUCGGGAUUCCCAGCCUGCAGCCCAAGUGGAGCAAAAAAAUCUGCCACGGGUGUCCAAGGCCAUGCCCCACCAUCCCAGAACUCAGUUACCGCAUCAGCUGCCCACCCCAAAUCACUUACACAAACCCUCUAACCCAAACCAACUGCAGCACAAGAAACAAAUGAAAACAAUUUAAUAGGGCGAUGGAUAUUCGGGCCCUUUGUUUGCGCUGGCUGUUAACACCAGAGGAGAUGAGGAAUGGAAGCAGUUGAAAUGUGUAUCUACUUUGGCCGACGGAAAGUGUGACGGAUGCGCCGGCAGACCAAUAGCUGGGGAUGCUGGGGUGUGCGUGGGUGGGAAAGGAAUGCUCGCUGUAAGAAAAGAUCAGAAAAAAAAAAAAAAAAAAGAGAAAGAGCCUUAUCAACGGCGUUU